AUGGCAGAAGGGCUUGCGGGUGCAGGUUCAGAUCUCGUCGUUGUGGGUAGAGAAAUAGAGACAUUAACCCCUGUUGCUGAGCAAAUUGCCGCUGAGACCGGUAGAAAUGUCCUCCCUAUUCAGGCGGAUGUCAGCAAUCUUACAGAAAUUGACGCGCUCGUCGCGCAGACUGUGGAAACUUUCGGGAGACUUGAUGUCCUCGUUAACAACGCUGGGGUCAAUAUACGCAACCCUGCCUUGGAAUUUACCGAGGCGGAUUGGGACUUCGUUACGGAUGUUAAUCUGAAAGGUGCGUUUUUUCUCGCAAAAGCCUGUGGCAAUGUCAUGCAGCGACAGAAAUCGGGUAAAGUAAUCAACACGUUGUCGCUUACCUCAGCGAUCGGAUUGCCGACGAGUAUCGCUUAUACGGCGGCAAAAGGAGGACUCCUCCAAUUGACAAAACUUCUCGCUGUGGAAUGGGCGGAACACAACAUUCAGGUCAACGGCAUUGCGCCCGGCUUCAUCCGAACCGAGAUGACUGCCCCUGCACGCGAGGACAACCGAAACCGAUGGAUUCUCAAUCGCACCCCUGCAGACCGAUGGGGUGAGCCUGAAGACUUAGCAGGCUUAACAAUUUUCUUCGCCUCUAACGCCUCUGAUUUUGUCACGGGACAAAUGGUGUUCGUUGAUGGUGGAUUCAUGGCGGGUAGCGACUGGAGGCGACAGUCCUAA